UGGAGCGUAUUGAAGAAAUUGCCUAGGAUAUUAAAUAUCUUUUACUCUGUCAGCAACAAAAUGCUCAAGAAGGAAAAGAGUUUGCCAAGUCUAACUUUCAUCCAUGUGGAACAAAAGAAGAAUUGCAAACAUUAAAUGAAUCACUGGGUGACCCCAAUACUUUUCAAUCAACUUGCCUAUUUCUACAAACAGUAGGCGGAAAAGAUGUAGUCGAUACCACCAGAAGGAUGUUGUCCAGAAUUAUAAAAAAUGAUUUAGCAAUGACGUACAAUUGGACUGGGAGAAAUUCCAAAGAAAAUUUCAGUAUUUUUGAAAACAUAAUGAAGUUAAUACUUGUUGCCGUGAGAAAAAACCCUUUGUCCAGGAACGCCACAGAGCUAGAAGUGCACCAAGUGACAAAAAAAUAUUUACGAAAUGCCUGUGAUCGUGAUGGUGGUCGAGCAAAAAGGCAAACAAGGGAAAAUUAG